AACUAGAAAAUGUCUGACGUGGUGAGUGAUGUUGAAGAAGUUCGUCAUGGGUUAUUCCGAAUCUGCUGGAAACACACGAAGCGUAUCCUCGGAAUCAGUAACAUCAAUUGCAAAGAGAUUAAAUUAUGUGGAUCUCAGCUAGGCCGUUCUAUAGUAAUCUCCUUGCAAGUGUCUCCAAGCCAAUGUGUGGUCACGGCGGUCACGGUAUGUACGGAACCGAAAUUUGUUUCGAUGGCCGGAAAAGAACUAGUAGAGAAACGUCAAAAAUUGGACGACGAGUCAUCAAAAUCCGAAAAAAAUAUGGAACAUUGGGUGGAACCCCAAAAAGUUUGGAUUGAAAUUGCUGGAGAUAAGGUAAACCCGAUAACAACAUUGGAAAUCUGCAGAAACAAUAGUUCGUGGGAAGAAAAAAAACAAGAAUGGUCCAUCAUUGUUUGGAUUGAUUUUGGGGAAGCGAGAAAAAUCCAUGUUAACAAAGGGUUAGCUGAAAUGUUACACAGUCAAACUCAUUGUGACGUCCAAUUCCAAUUUAAAAAUGGACAAUCUAUUGGUGCCCACAUCGUUAUCCUAUCAGCAAGCAGUCCUGUAUUUGCUGCCAUGUUCAAACCUGAAUUUAAGGAAUCACAAACCCGUGUGGUGAUAAUUGAAGACAUUGAUGUGCAAGUGUUCAGACACUUACUGGACUAUUUCUACACCAGUGAAGCUCCCCGAAUAACCAGGAAUGAAGAAAGCAGCAUUAUGUUGCUGUACGAAGCUGCCGACAAGUACGACGUCAAUGAUCUGAAAAAGGAAUGUGUCGAAAUGUUGUUGAUGCAACUGGACACUGAAAAUGCCAUUGAGUUGUUAAUCUGGUCUGAAUUCCACGUCAUUCCGGAGCUACUUGAAGCAGCCAGGAAGAAAAUAGUGAAAAAUUAUAAAAUGCUUUGUUCUCAACCCUCAUGGCUGAAUUUGAUGAAGAAUCACCUGAUGAAGAAUCACCGAAAAUUGUUCCUGAAAGUUACCGAGGAAAUGGCAGACCUGGUAGAAAACUCUGAACACUAAAUGAUUCAGCUAAUAUGUAACUCUCCUGUUAAGACUUUGGUUCGAGUUUUACAAGUAACAUCAAUGCAUCACACUAAUAACAACCAGCACAUUAUCACCACCUUGCUGCCUGGUUUAUAAUCAAGAACGAAAAUGCUCAACAUUUUUUAACAUUUCUUUCUCGAGUUGAUUAUUCGUCAAUUCUCUUUAAAUUUGUUUUCGAAAAUGCGUUUUUGUUAACUCCCAUUGAACUUAGAAAGUUAUCGCGUUUUAUUGUCGUAAGCAUCUGCAAUUGGAAUUUUGUUUAACGGUAGUUGAUCUAUAGGCUACAAAAAUGUGAUUAAAUAAAAUUUCA